AUGCUGUAUUAAUUCCAAAGGAAAAGUAUUGAUGAAAUGAUGCUGUCUUUGGAUAUUUUUCUGUUUUAGCCUGUGGUACUUUGGUCUCAAGUAGCAGAAGAUCUUAAUCAAUAGCAUGCAUUUCCUUUCCCUGACUGGUAUUAAACAUAAACUGAUGAGCUGAUAAUAAAACAAACAGAACAAAAAUGAACUGUGUUUAAAUAAGUAUUUAAUCUUGCUUUCUGUGAGCUCAUGAAAUCUUACAUAUUCAGAUAUAAUCAGACAAUCCAGUUGGCUCAGUUGCCUAAGGCUUCCCUUGUGAGUAGGAGAAAGACAGGCCUUGGUGUGUGUUGUACCACUCCACCAAAUAUAAAUCAGUUCUGUGCUAUAACUGGAAGGCAGUGAUGGACCAUGGCUUGUUUAAUAUCAGGCAGUCUUACCUUAGCUGACACCAUCAAUGUUUUUCUUGCAGGUAAAAUAUUUAAUAUUUAACAUUAAUUAAUAAAAAGACACAGAAAAGUCUCACAAAGGAUGUUGAGGAUGUUUAUACCAUAACAGCACUUGCCAAAUGGAGUAAUCAGUAAAGCCAAAUUACACCUUAAGCAGUUUAUAAUGAGAUCUUUUUCCCCCCAAAUAUUUUUUUAUCUAGUGUUUACAGUUAAGUUCACAGCUGUCCACAUGUUUGUCUUUAGAGAUCCUCAUCCUUUGUUCAUGGACUAUUCUGAAAGAAGGUUAAUCUGCAUCUUGUGUGUCAGACUACUUUUACCACCAUCUUCUAUUUGUUAUCCCUUUUUUCUUAUAUUUUGGCUAAAACACAGCUUCAACUUCCUGCUAAACCCCUCCCCACACUAACUUUUCAAACUGGAACCUAAUUUUUGUACAAGCCUUUAUAGUUUGUUUCCUUUUGUUGUUGUUACAAAGAUGCCAAAUGGGUUUCAUUUGGGUAAAAACUGUACCUUCAGCCCACAAGAUCUGUAUUUAACUGCAUGCUACCUGCAUUUUAAAAAUACUUUACAAAGUCUGUGUAUUUUUAGCAUGCCAUACACCACCAUGCCUUUUAUAGGUUUGAUUUUGUAAGAUAUGAAACAUACAGUAAAUAUACAAAAUCUCCCUUUAUGUUCCAUAUACAGACAAAUAUGUAAGUAGGAAAGCUUGUAUAAAAUCUCAAGCUACUGUAAUACAAUGAUGAUACAGAUGACAUUAAGCAAUUCCAACAGAUUUACUACUAUAGGUGUUACAAUAAUCUUAUUACAGUGAGGAAAGAGAAAAAAGAAAUCCACAUCAGCGGUGAAAGGGAGGCAUUGUCUCUACUGCUCCUUGCUGACUGUGGUUAGAAGAUGGCAUUUACCUAAUGUUCCUUGUCCAUAUGGAAGUGUGAUAAUGCAAUAUACCUAAAUGAGAACAAAGAUAGCAGAACCCAAGUAAUAAAGAUAUCAAUCUCAGUCUAAAUACUCUGGCCCAGUGUGGAUUAAAAGCCCCCCUCACUUUGUUCCAAGUCCUUGGGCUUUGAAAAGGAUGUGGACUCAGGUACCUUUCUUAUCAGCUGCGAUGUAAUUGAUUUAUGAAGAGCUGGUUGAAUCUCAACAGGGAUGUUAAGUGUACUGAUUUAGCCACUUAACACAAAAACAGGAGCACAGAGAGCAGGUUACUCUGGUCCACAGGAACAAAAGAGCACAAAGUAAUCCACCAGCAAUAUUCAGCUGGUGACACGACACCUGCUGUGACAGAUCAUAUCUCUCUUGGUUUUUUGUCUAUGAUAGCUCCUCUAAUUUCUUUCUUUCUUUCUUUCUUUCUUUCUUUCUUUCUUUUUGCCAGGUUCGACUGAGAGAAAUGCUGUAGUGACAACAUUAUUUACUGAGCAAUGUCCAAGAUUAUUACAUUUAUAUAAGAUUCAGCCCACCUCACAGUAAAAGUCUGUGCCUCUGGCACAAGUACAGUAACCAUGGCAACCAGCAUCAGCUACAGUACAUUUCCAGAAGCAUCUAGUGUAGCCAUCUCGUUUAUUUAGCCACUGUACAUAAUGUGCAUGCAGCAGUCCUUUAACAUGCAAACACUCACAGGUAUGAAGUCCUACACUAAACCAGCAAGUGAAUCCUAACUAUUUUUGUAACAUACCCAUUCUGUAUUGUCUCAAAGCAUCACUUCUGUAUUGUCUUCCACAUAACUGUAUGUGCUUCUUUAUGUCUGUAUACUUAAAUAUAGAAAAACGGUACAAAAUAAAUGAAAACUGGCAUAUACUUAAGAAUAAUCUUGUAGGUGCAAAAGUACUAAUGUGAUAUCCAUUGUUGCCAAAAUGUGCUACUGUGGGCAUUUUUCUAAAGAAAGUAACAACAAAAUUAUCAAUUAUAUGUGGCCACAACUCUGAUUCAUCCCUCUUUUCUUCUUGAAAGAUCCAGUUAACUUUGAAGAUCUGGUGUUCAAGACUAUUUUAAAUAUAAGAAAAUAUGGCUCGUUGGAAGCAAUAAAUAAAGAAAUGAUGCUCAACAUUUGCUCCAUACUGUAUAUGUGCAUGAUAUAUUUGUACAAAUAUUUAUUACUUUGACUAAAUGUUUGAGCUUAUUCUGUUUUACGCCUUAUUCAAGUCCCACUGGUUGCUGUCCAUGGUGCUGAAGCUGAACCCUUCUCCUAAUGUCAGGCACACACUUACAUUACACGCAGCUUUUUAUUGGUGACUGGUUUGCGCAUGCGAAGAAGUAACCCCAGACCACUUGCUCAAACAGAUGACCAUAUGAGCAACAACAGAAAAGCACACGCGCGUUUUUACCUUAAGUAGAAAUCAAAACCUGAAGAAAAAAAUAUCCAGGUUUUAAUUUUCCUGCCCGCCUCCUUUGUAGCUCCGCAACAGGCUGCUACACCAAUGUGGUGUCAACGCUGAAGACCACGGUAUCACCUGUAACUGCGCCUCCGCUCCCCCGACUUUUAAUGCCGACACCGAGGAUGAAGAAGCAAAACGUCCGGACCCUGUCGCUCAUCCUCUGCAUGUUUUCCUAUUUGCUGGUGGGCGCCGCGGUGUUUGACGCGCUGGAGUCCGAGUCGGAGAGUUCCCGCAGACGCAUCUUGGAGCAGAAGCGCAACGAGAUGAAGAAGAAGUACCGCUUCUCCGAGGACGACUACCACGAAAUUGAGCGAGUGGUGCUGCAAGCUGAACCCCACCGCGCCGGGAGGCAGUGGAAAUUUGCCGGCUCUUUUUACUUUGCCAUAACAGUCAUCACUACCAUUGGUUAUGGACAUGCAGCACCAGGCACAGACGCAGGAAAGGUCUUCUGCAUGUUCUACGCUGUGCUCGGCAUUCCUCUCACUUUGGUCAUGUUCCAGAGCCUGGGAGAGAGGAUGAACACAUUUGUUCGUUAUCUCCUACAUAAGAUGAAGCAGUGCAUGGGCUUUCGACGCACUGAAGUGUCCAUGGAGAACAUGGUCCUGGUGGGCUUCCUGUCUUGCAUUGGAACCCUGUGUGUAGGAGCUGCAGCCUUUUCUCACUUUGAGGGAUGGAGCUUCUUCCAUGCUUACUACUACUGCUUCAUUACACUCACUACUAUUGGCUUUGGGGACUUUGUGGCCCUGCAGAAAAAAGAGGACCUGCAGGAGAAGACACCCUAUGUUGCUUUCAGCUUCAUGUACAUCCUAGUGGGGCUAACUGUCAUUGGGGCUUUUCUUAAUUUGGUGGUGCUUCGUUUCCUCACAAUGAACACUGAAGAUGAAAAGCGAGAUGCUCAAGAGAGGGCUUCCCUGAGGAGGGACAAAGGUCGUUUGGAAGGGGGUCUGGGCCUCCGUGUUGUAGGGGAUCACAGCAGAGACAGUUACAGGGAGAGGAACAGGGGCACCAUGUUGCACAGUCAUAGCCACAGCACACUUUUUCUCCCUAUGGAGGAAGGAACCAGCCGCACCAACCUCAUUUCUUCCCCAGCGGAAGAUCAGGAGAGACGAGGAAGCCCAUGCAGGCACAGGUUACAUCUUCAGAUCAAGGCAGGCAGGCGGAAGCGUGAGUCGAGCCUCAGCUCCCUCUGUUCCUCCUGUGUGUGCUACCGCUUAGAGAUUUGUGAUAGUCCUCUCAUGGCUCGCAGUGAGCAUCACUGCUGCCAUGUCAAUUCUGUUUAUUGCAACUCGGUCUCAUAUAGGAUCCAGGGCUGCUCCCGCAACAACACUGGACUCUCUUCCCCAGGAAGCACGCUCUCACCUGGGCACAGCUUCCAGGAGCUUCCUCAUUUAAGGAGAAAAUCAGUGUAAAGAGUGUUAUUUUGAGGAAAAGGUUUUGCACAGACUUUAAACAGCAUUUUUAGAGACACUUUGUGUUACUCUGUUUUGUGCAUGUCAGAGGACAGAAAUUCUGUUAAAUGAACAAGUUGUCUGUUGUGGAGAUUUUAGAAUGUAAAGCAAGAUUUUUUUUGCUAUAUUUAUGUCGAUGAUUCUGCUGUUUUGCUUGCAUGUAAGCAAUGCAUGUUAAACACAAUAAAUAGCACAGAAUGUGAAUGCAUAAGUGCUAAUAAGAUAUAAAGUGUUAGCUUCCUCUACUGUUUUUUU